CAGAAGCGGAACCGAGGCUCCGGGCAAGAUGUGGAAAGCCGCAGUGGGCCACAACGUGUCCGCAAAGGUGGAGACCCAAGGAGACGAUUGGGACACUGACCCGGAUUUCGUGAAUGACAUUUCGGAGAAGGAGCAGCGCUGGGGGGCUAAGACAAUCGAAGGCUCUGGCCGUGCAGAACACAUCAACAUCCACCAGCUCAGAAGCAAGGUAUCUGAGGAACAUGAAGUUCUCAAGAAGAAGGAGCUGGAGAUGGCACCCAAAGCUUCCUAUGGCUACGGGGGCAAGUUUGGAACCGAGAAGGACCGCAUGGACAAGAGUGCCCUGGGCCAUGAGUAUGUUGCCGAGGUCGGCAUGCACUCUUCCCAGACAGACGCAGCCAAGGGCUUUGGUGGAAAGUACGGCGUUCAGAAGGACCGAGCAGAUAAGGUUGGAGCUGUUUUAUUACCG